CUUCGCUUUACGCGUGACCUUUCGCCAAUAUCUUACCAGCACCAGCUUAACGAGUAAUUCGUUAGGUUUCUGGAGUGUGCCGGUGUAGAUUUAUCAUAAUGAAGCUUCUAACAGUUUUCGCCGUACUUUUGGCCAUAUUCGCCAUGGCAUUUGGAGCAUCCAUAAAAAAAGAUGACAAGGCACCGGAAGAGCACCGGAAAGAAGAGCCGAAGGACACCAAGAAUAUCAAAACCUUCAAAACAGCCAACACCGGACGGCAAGCGCGCCAGCUGGGUAUCGGCGGCGGGAUGGGCUACGGUGGACGGUUGGCCGGUUUACAGAGCCAACUGCAAGGCAUUUCAUCCGGCUACGGUUACGGCUACAAUAACGCCGUGGGAUUGGGCGGAUUAGGUGUGAACAACGGAUACGGACUGGCGCUGCCCUUCGGUGGCCUUUUAGGAUGAAGAAAACGUUGUCUAACAUAAGACUAUUCUUUUCGUUAAUCUCUUGUCCGGGUUAAACUGGGCUGGCCUGAUUUAACAACCGCUGCACGGUGAUGAAUGGACGCUGAAUGUGU